CCGCGCCCGUCGCACGCACGCGUACUGCGCCCAGCAUGAGGGUCGCCGCUCUGAUCAGUGGUGGGAAGGACAGCUGUUAUAAUAUGAUGCAGUGCAUUGCUGCUGGGCAUCAGAUCGUUGCUUUAGCAAAUCUAAGACCAGCUGAAAACCAAGUGGGGUCAGAUGAACUGGAUAGCUACAUGUAUCAGACAGUGGGUCAUCACGCCGUCGAUCUGUAUGCAGAAGCGAUGGCUCUUCCCCUCUACCGCCGUACCAUAAGAGGAAGGAGUAUGGAUACGGGACGAGUGUAUACCGAACGUGAAGGUGAUGAGGUUGAAGAUCUCUAUGAGCUUUUGAAACUUGUUAAGGAAAAAGAAGAAGUAGAGGGGAUAUCAGUAGGUGCUAUACUUUCUGACUAUCAGCGUGUUCGAGUAGAAAAUGUGUGUAAAAGGCUUAAUCUCCAGCCUUUAGCUUACCUUUGGCAGAGAAACCAGGAAGAUUUGCUCCGAGAGAUGAUAUCAUCUAACAUUCAAGCAAUCAUCAUCAAAGUAGCAGCUUUGGGUUUAGAUCCAGAUAAGCAUCUUGGAAAAACCCUGGAUCAAAUGGAACCUUAUCUCUUAGAGCUUUCUAAGAAGUAUGGAGUCCAUGUUUGUGGAGAAGGUGGAGAGUAUGAAACGUUCACUUUGGAUUGCCCUCUAUUUAAGAAGAAAAUAAUUGUGGAUGCAUCAGAAGUGGUCAUACAUUCAGCUGAUGCAUUUGCACCUGUUGCUUAUCUACGCUUUUUGGAAUUGCACUUGGAGGACAAGGUGUCCCCAUUGCCUGACAACUACAGAACAUCUAAUUAUAUACAUAAUUCUUAAAAAGCAUUUUUGGACAUUGCUUACAAAACUGCCAUUUAUGGAAAAAAUUACAUAGUAUUUUCUCAAUUACUAUAUCCAGCUCUUUCUUUACAUUUUUUUUUAUUCUAAUAGAAACAUUGAUUAGUUGGGGAAAUGUGAAAGCCUUGUUCAUUCUUAUUGGCAAUUUCUUCAGGAUUCACUUUCUAUGACUUUUGUUACCAUGUCCUGUCCAUGACCUCUGUCUGAUGUGUGCCCUUUUUCCCCUUUAUUUCAUCUUCAACUCUCAUUUCUGUAACAUUUCUUUGCUUUCAUCACACUGGUUUAUUUUCCCCUUUCUCUCUUCCCUGCUCUCAUCUCCUCCAAUUAUAUAAUGAUGCAGAGCAUUUGAAAAUCAGGAUGAAAAGGCAAUCACUUUAUUUAGCCAAUCAAGUUGAUUCUACUGGGUGUCACCAACAUGAUUUGUCAUUUUUGUUUUGAUACAGUAUUCAUUUUAUCAACAUUAUUGGACAAUCAGGAAGAAUAUCAUUAACUCUUACUGGUUAUUUUGUAACAUUAAAAAACACAAUUUUUAUAUCCAAAAGGAAAAAGUCUCU